AUGAAAACGGCACAAAAGAAAACCACUGAAAAGCCGCCUUAUCAAGACAAGAAAACUGUUGAGGAAUUAAUGCGGGAAUUAAAUGGCCUAGCCGCGUACACCGUUUCGAACUUUGAAAAUCCUGAGGAAACCAGGGACAUCAUGAAAGGAAGGAAGACACUAAGAGAGGAAUACCUCAAAGGAGCAUGGAAUACAACCUCGAAUGGCGAGGACAUGCUAGGAGGACUGAGGGAGAAACAGGUACAACUCGAGUUGCACCUGAAGUGCCAUGAGGAGCUGCUCGAAAGAAGACAAAGGAUGAAACUACCACAAGCCGGCCAAGCAUCACCAGCCACAUCCAUGGGCUCAAUGCAUAUGCAGUCCCUCCUUCCACGUCUGAAACUUCCAAAGUUCUCGGGAAGACGCAACAGUGGGAUGCAUUCUUGGCAAUGUCUUAAUAAACGUAGAUGA